AUGUGGAUCAUCAUCAAAACCGACAUCUCAAUCCCACUCAACGGUACUGGAAAACCAAUAUCAUGCGAGAACUGGGACGCAAGUAUAAUAAAGAAGGUCGAGGCCAACGCCAAAGCAACGUGUACUCUUCAAUGUGGUCUAACAAAGGAAGAGCUGAAUCGAGUUGGUCCAUUCUCAAGCACAAAAAAAUUGUGCGAGAAGCUGAUCGAACUGCAUAAAGGCACCUCAGAUACGAAAACUUCCUAUCUGUUGGAGUUAUCAGCUCAAAAAGAAGAAGCUUCGCUCCAGCAAAUUGCCACUCUGACGGAGUUGCUGGCUCAAAAGGAAGGCAUCCUUCAGGAGAUGACCGCGAGCAGAGAUCUUUAG